UUGUGGUUAUGUUUGAAUUAUGUGUUGGAAAGUAACAAUUCUGGCUAAUAUUGUUAUUUGUAUGUGAGCGUUAAUGAAAAGAAUUGUAUAUUGUUGUUGGGCGAAUCUUCUAGUAACAUACGUUACCUUACAUAGUCAUUAAAUAAUUUAUUUGUGUAGUUUUUAGAGUUCUUCAGAAUAUUAUACGACGUAGAUCUUUCGAUAUGCGAGCCAAGCAGUAACCAUUAUUUUGAGCAAGUUCCUUGUAUUGGAUUGUUUUGGAGAAUGUAUAACCAAAGUUAUUUUAAAUGUAAUCUGAAAAGUAAUUUUUUUUAUUCUUAUACAUUUUUUUCUUUUCAGAAAAAAAAAUGACGAAAGCCAAGGUUUUUGAAAAGUUUUUUCGAUUAUUAAAAUCUGAAUUUUUGAUCUUGGAAAUUUUACUUUUUUUUUAUAUUUUAGUUUUCGGUUCCAGGACAGCAUGCGCCAAAUAUUAUUUUCGAGAAAGAUAUAAGCGCCAGUUUAUACUUACAGAGAUCAAAUAUAUUUUGGCGCGCAACUCAUUUCGAAUGUAGUAAAUUAUUUCGAAACACAAGAAAUAUCUCUCUUAGGUUGUUUAUUUCACUAAACAAAGAAAGAAAUAGUAAGACUUCCUUUAAAAAUACCUUUUUAUUGACAGUGAAGAUUUUUGAUCACUAAUGGAAAAAUAUGUUUAGGUGUAGCUGAUUGCUCAUUAAAAGAACUCCUGAAGAUGGAAUAUUUUUUCCUGCAAAUUAUGUGUAUGCUAUGUAUGUGAGUUCAAGUAUUCAGAUUGGGAUUGCUGUAGACAACACACAACGGCAUUUGAGGAAUAUUACCGAACAGCCAUGUGUCAAUAUUGAGCAUCUGUAUGAAUUUUAUGGGUAAAAGUUUACAAUUGGGUGCCCCUUGUUUUUUGAUGAUUCUUAUUUGAUGCCAAGAUCGGAGCCAGGAAGGCACAAUUUCAAGAUGGCCACUACACAAAACCAAAUUAAGAAGUCAAAGAAUUGCACAAACUCUGUCUCCAUGUAGACAUCGACCUAAUUUUACUUAAAAAAAAUCAGGGAAUUGCACAAACUAAACUGUGCACUGCCUUGUCCAUGUACACAUCAAUCUGUUUUCAUUUAGAAAAAAUUAGGAAUAUAAAACAAAGUUAAAACUGUCAUGGUAACCAGAAAUGAGGUUUCAUUACUAAAAUUUAACAGAAUUUGUCGCUAAUCGAAGGGUAACCCAACUGUACACUAGAGGAUGUCCUGUAUGUAUUUGAAAAAUAAGUAAUUUGAAAGUGGCUCAUUGUAAAAAACAGAUUAUCUUUAACCUUCCAGUCAGUCAAGGCUAUGUCUAAAGGGUUAAAGUGAAUUUCUGAGAUGUGCUAUCCAGUGAUGUAAUAAGGAUAUGCAAGGAAUGACGUCGCGUAUGAGCUCAUGAAUAUCCUUCUGAACUUCAUUUACUUUUUAAACGUAAAACAUAGAUUCUAAUACACACACAUAUAAUGAAGUCCAUUUUCUUUUAAGUUUUUAAUGGAACUUAUCUUUAAAACGCAGAUAGGUGACCCUUGGAAGCUCAUGAAACAGAUGAAUUCAAUGUUGCUUGCAUCCAAACAUCAACUGAAAGAUAAACAAAAAAAGUUGCAUGCUUUCGUUUUGAUUCCUCUCUAGAGGACAGAUUUCAAGUUAUUAGUGAUCACAAGUGCCAAGGUAUUGCUCACCUAUUUUGAGAUUAAGUUCAGAAUUUCUUAAGGUGAGUAUAUGCAAUGAUGCAGUGCAAGGUGUAAACGAGCUACGUAAAUAUUUUGAAAUUCUUCAAAAAUUUACAUGUAUUUCAGAGAAAGUUUUGAAAGAUCGAGUUUACUUUCUUCAGGAGCCUCUACUGUCCAAAAAACUAAAUCCUACAAGAUGACUAGAGCAAAGGAAUAUUUUUGCCUUUGAAAGUUUCAGAUAUGUUCUCCAUCAUGCAGUUGACAACAAAAGACAUUUCUUUAACAGCUUUCUCAAAAUUAUGCAUCCUCAUUCCAAAUUUAAAAGUAGCUGUACUGCAGUGUCAUUUGUUCUUUCCUUCCUGAUAUUUCAUAAUUCCAUCUCUGUUCAAUAUAAAUACUACACAAAUAUUAAGUUAUUGUUGUGACUCAUAUGACUCAUAUUGCACCAUGGACAGCGAUAUUCAUUCAGACAGCAGCUCAAGUUUAGAUGACUCUGGAGACAGUGCUGAUGAAAAUGAUCUUGGUGAAGCGUGCUCUUUUAAGAGAAGGGUUCUUCAACUGCCUGAAUGCUUUUGUGCUGAAGAAGAUGUUUUCAAGGAAGUUUUAAAUCCAGCUACCUGGAAGAGUGUUUUGAAUAGUAAACAUGGUGAAAAAUUAAAGAGUCUGUUGCCAGUAUUUCCCGAUGAUGAUGAAAAAGAAAAAAGUGAUACUUUGAGGAAACUUGUUGAAGGUGAAAAUUUUAAAUUUGGAAGUCCGUUUAAACAUUUCUUUCACAAACUUAAAGAUGGAUUUUUGUCAUCUGAUGUCAUAAAAGUGACUAAUGCAUUGAAACGAGCUAAUUAUCGAGAGUAUCGAAAUCAACAGCAACAAUAUUCUUAUCAUCUGUUUCAGGACAUUCUAGUUUCACGAAAGAAGCUCAUUGAUGCAUCUUAUACAUUACCACCUGAUCAAGCAGUUAAAAUGCAGCAAUUUACUGCUAAGCCUAAGGAUGCUACUCUGUCUGAGAGAACAAGGUUGAGGUAUUUUUCUGCUCUUCAAGACCUAAGAGAUGAAACUGGAGAAUUAGAAACCUCUUCAGAAGAUGAAAAUUACCCAGAAAGCAGUCCACCUAAAGUGCCCAGAAAAUAUAAGAAGCAAAUGCAAUUGCAUGAAGCAGCUUUAAGUUUUGAGAUGACGCGAAUUACACCUACAACUUCUUUUCCCCAUGGCUAUCCAGGUUCUGGACAUUUUCUAAACCACAACAUUGAUAUGUUUGAAGUAUCAGAAGAGCGUUAUCGUGAAAUGCUUUUAACACAUAAAGAAAGAAUGUUCUUAGAUCCAAACCAUCCAGAACUUGUUAUAUCUCACAUUAAGUUGAAAGAUGUCACAAUACGAUCUAAUAUGACUAAACGCCCUUCCAAUAAAAUGAGUGAAAAUCCAUUGAAGAAAAAACUUAAAGUUUCAGAAAAUUCUGAUAAAUCUGUUAAUUCUGCUUACAUCCAUGACUAUGAAGGGGAUUCUUCUGCUUCGUUUGCAACCAUCUUCAACAGAGAAGAUUCAUCAUUCAGUACCAGUGGUCAUGAUACUAACUUUGAUGUAAUGCCUCCAUCUGUCCAAGAAACUGAAGUACAAACAGAUCCUUUAACAAUACUGGAUGAAGGUGAAGACUCUCAGAUGUUUGACACUGCUCAUCAGACUGCUAAUAGAUUGCCAUCUCCUCAUCCUGAAAUUCAUCAGUAUCCUACUUGUUUUUUUGCUCUGUUGCGAGAUAUAUUUUGUGAAUCAGUUGAGCAAAAGUUGUCUGCUAUAAAGCUUGAAGAAAAAGUACGAAAUUGGCAAGGUGGUCCAACUGCUGCUUUGUUUGAAUGGCUGAAUUUUCAAGAAUCAUGGUCUGACCUGGUGUCUUCUGCUUUAAAAUUUCUUGCUGGGGAUUUGAUCAGUAUAUUACCUGAUACGUUUGUUCCAUUUCUGGAUUACAAAGAAAAGCAACAGCAAUGGCAAUGGAUUGGAUCUGGCAGAGAUUCAGAUGAGCAGAUGUAUGGUUUGUGUCAGCAGUGGCUGGAAAGUAAAGAUGAUAUAUCAUGGGAUAUUCUGGAAACAUCUCAGGGUUCUCCCCCUCCACCUAGAGUAACUACUGGUUGGAUUGUCAGACCCACAGCAGAAGAGGAGAAACAAGUUUAUCGAGAGCAGGAAUGUAUACGAUACCAGAAUCCUCAUAAAGCUUUUACAUUUAAAGUUCAUGGAUAUGAAGCUGUCGUUGGUCCUGUUAAAGGAGUUUAUGGAAAGGAAAGUGGCAUAAAUAAAGCUAGAGAGCAUUCAUUAUUAACUUCUGAUAGGCCACCAUUUGUUACCAUCCUUUCAUUAGUACGUGACUCUGCUGCAAGACUGCCUAAUGGAGAAGGUACUCGGGCAGAUAUAUGUGAAUUAUUGAAAGAUUCUCAGUAUCUUGCGCCAGCUAGCGAUCAGCAGAUUCAUACUGUAGUAAGUGGUGCUCUUGAUCGAUUGCACUAUGAAAAGGACCCUUGUGUCAAAUAUGAUGUAAAUAGAAAAUUGUGGAUUUAUUUGCAUCGUCAUCGUACAGAAGAAGAAUUUGAACGAAUUCAUCAAGCUCAGGCUGCUGCUGCUAAAGCUAGGAAAGCUGUGCAGAAAAGUAAAUUGCCUAAAUUUAAAAGCAAAGAAAUUACACGUGCUCUGACAUCAGCACAUGCUACAUCAAGUGCAGAUAAUGCUGCUCUCCUAAAUGUUGAUAUACCACCAGUCAUAACUUCUGGAACAUCUGUCCAAAGUCCUCGUGGUGGAUCAAGUCCAAGAACACAGGGAAGUCCUAAAGCUGGUCAUACCUCAAACCGCUACAUUAUGCAUGCUGUGAAUAACACUCCACCCCAAGCAGAAGUCAAAUGUACUAUGUUAGGCAUUGAUAACCAAAGUAAAAAUCCAGAAUUUGUUCAGAAUGAUCUUCAGACUUCAUCAGUUACAAGUACUGUGGAUACUAUGCAACAGACAUUAUCUUCAACUGCCCCAACAAAUGUUCCAGAUAUUAGCAGUUCUCGGCAAUCAUCAUUAGGCUCAGCCUUAUCUCUGUCAAAUACGAAGAAUGUAGUUGGAAGCCUGAGUGCCUCCCAAAUUGUCAGUGUUACACCUGUUCAUAUUAAGUCAGAACAAGUAAGAGCUGUAGGUAAUCUCUCUUCACAUGUUCAUGAUGUUCUUAAUGUUGACUUAAAGCCAUCUUCUCCAUCUUUUGUUGGACAGCCUCCAGUUCUUCAGCCAAUUUUAAGUCACCAAAGUAUUGAAACUGCUAAUUCUCUCAGCACUAUAACAACAUCCAUUUCUCCUGCAUUGAUAUCCUCAAACUCUGUAACAAAAGCAAAAGUUAAUUGUGCUAGCUUAUCAGGUUUACAAAGUUCAGCUAUUACUGGAUUUCAAACUAUUGUUAUAAAACAGGAACCAGGAAUAAGGUCUUGUAACGGUGUGUCUACAAUUCCUUUAUUAUCAAUUGAAGAGAGAUUACCUUCUACAAAUCCCUCAGCAAUAAAUUCUGGUCCUGUUGUAGCGAGAUUAGUUCACGGAUCACAGUACCUGUCUUUCAGUAACAUUGUAGCAAGUUCAACUACAUGCUCAACAUCUAAACCUAUUACUGGAGCUGUGCAAAAUUUUAGAGUUCAGGGUGGAAAUAUUUGUCAGCAAGUACUCUCAACAUCUACAAUUAAAGUUAUGCAUACAACUCCGGUUUCAACUAUCACUGAUUCAAGACUACCAGUGAUAGCAUUGAAAAAUCCAUUAGGAGCUGCUAAAGAUAUAUCUGUGAUAUCUCAACCUUCAAAUUCAUUAAGUGUUUGUGGUCGACUUUAUCAAAUGGCAAAUGUGAAAAAUGCUGUAAUUUCUUCAGAUACAUCUGAAACAAAGCUGUCUGAAAUAACAUCUACACAAGAGGGUUAUGAAACUCAUGACAAAGAUACUAAAGACUUGACUAUUCCAGCACUAGCGAUUUCAACAACGCAUAGUGCCUCUUUGCCUGUCUCACUUAGAAAUACACAGGCUGUAAUAAAAGUUUCACCAAAGUAAAGGGAAAUUUCUUAUGAAAAGGAAUCACUGAACAGAAGAUAAUGGAUUUGUGUUGUAUAUUUCAAGACAACUUUUGAUGCAGUAUAUGAUUUCUUCUGCAAAUAAUGUGUAAUUUUUUUUUAAUGUAAUACAGUACAAAGUCUGAAAUCCAGGCAUCCACUACCUGGACCUCAGUGCCACCAGAAAAAAAAAAUCUCCCUUACAAAGUUUUGAAAUGGAGACUCUAAUGUUCAAGAAAAGCAGGUGUGCCAUAAAAGCAUGAUUAACUGUGAUUCCUAUAUGUCACUUUCAAACACCUGCUGCCUAGUGACCAAAGCAAUUCAUCAAAUGACAUUGUACUGUUGUUAGCCACAAACCUUGAGUGGCUAUGGUUAGUAGCAUUUUUCCGUCUAACCUAAACAAUAAAUGAAGCCCCAACACGUACUUUUUAGAAUGGGAUGUUGCUCAUACUGUUUUUAUUUUGUUGGCAUAACGGGGAAAGGAGAAAGACUUAGGGUCUGAAGAAUCAAAAUGCAGUUAACAUAGCAAAGUCACUCUUCCUUAUUUGGUUUGAAGCACUUAUUAUUUCGAUUGAUCUGUUAUGCAUCAUAUCAAAAUUAGUUUUUAUAAAUGAGAACUUCUCUAUUUUCCUUUUUUCCCGAAACUAUACAUCCGUCAAUCAACAAGUGGAAGUCGGAAAUUUGCACACUAUGAAAUCCAGAUGUAAAGUAACUUUUUAGAAACUGAUGCAGUACUAAGACAAUUUAAGAGUUCUGGAAAUAAUUUAAUAUACAUAUUUUAAUAUAAAAUCUGAUUAUCAGAAAUGAGAGGACAUGUCUGCAGAUAUUUUUAAAAAUGUAGCCAGCCCAAUAUACAGCCAGCUACUAAAUUUCAUGAUUAUAAUGAAAGCUGAAAAUUUUGUGGUAUAACAAGUAAACAGCAGUUUUCCAGUUGAUGGAAUAUGAGAAAUUCUAAAUGAUAAUAUAUAUGAAGUUUUAGAUUGUGAUGGCAAUGCAUUAAUGACAUGUUAUUUAAUAGAAUGGCUAAUAUGUAUAGAAUGGUUUUAAAUCCAAAAAAAUAUCUCCAUUUCAGCUUUGAGUCACAGUUUAAUAUCACAUUUUGGUAAUUCAGGAAAAGUCUUUCUUUAUGCAAAAUACUUCUUUAAAGAAAUAUCAGCAAAUAAUAUUUUUAAUUUUCUGAUUGCUUUGUCUUAGUGGAUUUAAACUGAUGAUCUAAAUUCCAAAACUGUUUCCGAAGUCCAGAGUUGUUGGCAGUUCUAGAUUUUGGACUUUGUACUGUAAUUUCUUUUUGACAUGUUUUUAAUUCUGAAUUAUAAAUAUAUUGCAUGUGUUAAUUUAUUUUAAUACUGUAAUCAUUUUGAAUUGAUCAAAAAUUGAUGAUUGAAUAUUGAAAUAUUGUUAUAAACUUUAAUUCAUAUUACAGUCAAAAGUCUUUAAUCCGGAAUGAUCUAUAAUCCAGGACCUCAAAGCUACAAAGUUUCUGUGCCUGUGUCAACGCAUAAUCCAUUAGCGUGUGCGCAUAAUACAGUUUACGCAUGCACGUUUAAUGUAUAACGGACGGUAUAAGCUAAGCUAAAAUUAUCUAAUCUAUUUCAGUUAAUGUUGCAGAUUGCAUAGUUCCUUAAUCUUCUAAUUGGAUCCGCCUUAUUAU